AUGGUAGAAGACAUUUCUCAACCACUUUCAGAAUCAUAUUACCAUCUUUCACAAGAUAGCGAGUCUGACUUCACGACCACGGAUGAACAGCGCGGGAAUACACUACAAGGAAGCAACGAUACGUCCAAGUUGCUUCAGUUGGCGAAAGUCAUCGACAAGGAUAUCGAAGAUGAGAUUCCAGAUCCUGAACAAGUGAAGAAGUUUACAAAUACCAAAGAGAAAGGUCCACAGAAAAGUCCACAGAAUAAAAGCAACAUUAGAUCAAAGUCACCUUCCAGAAGUCGUGGAUUUGCAGUAAUCGACAAUAACGUUAAGCCAACCCUGAAAGAUAGAGCAGGUUCUAAUAACAUGUCGUCGCUUUUCUCUUCUCAUUCUACUCCACUUAUUGCCAAACAAAAGUUCGAUUCAAACUGGCACAAGUUCACCAAGGACUCGAUAUUGCCCGAUAUCGACGAGUCUCAGAAUGGAGAACAAACCAUUAAUGACCUAGUGAAUUCUCUCAAUGCAGGUAAGAUAGACAGUACCAACAAGCAUAAGUAUACUUUUGAGGAGCUCCUUGCUGCGUGGCUGAAACUAAUGGACAGUCCCUUUGGCGGCCAAAUCAUACAAUAUUUGGAAGACAUAGUAGAGAACAAGACAAUUAAUGGAAUUGACAGACAACAAGAGACGAACAAUCUAUUCAAGACACCUCUUAGAAGUCGCACAAAUUCACCAGCAAACAAUGAAUCUUCCGAUGAAGAAGACAACCUCAGCUUGCACACUCCAUUGGUUGCUAAUACUGAACGCAGAGCUCGUCGCAUCGAUCAAAAUGGCAGUUUUGGACCCCAGAAGGAUAUAGAGCAGGACAAUAAUGAAGAUAUAGAUCACGAUACACCACGUACAACUCCACCACAUUCACAGGAUGAGAUCAAUUCGAAGUUUCAAUCAACGAUGAUAGACAUCCAACCUGAAUUAAACGAAAACUUGGGAUCAGAAAAGGUCCGCAAUUUAGAGGAAGAGAUCAAAAAGUUGAAGGAGGAAGCAGAAAAGAUGAAAGAAGAAAACAUGUCGUUGAGAGAACAAAUUUCUAAGAUCGAGAAUUCCAAGAUUGUGCCCGAGAAGUUAGAUCUCAUAGAUAUUACGCUUGACUCGAUAGACUUUCAGGAUCAAAAAGUAAGUGUUGAUCCAGAGUUGCAGAUAUUAAAGAACGAAAAUCUGGCCCUAAAGGCUAAGAACUACAAUUUGACCAAACAGGUAGACAAUUUACAGAACAACUACAAUGAACUUUCCAACGAAAUCCGGUAUGAAAGGGCCAAUCAGAAAUCCACCGGUCAAGACAACCGUCAAAUGUGUCAUCCCAAACCACAAGUGGAAGAACAAGAAACGUCAACUCCCACAAAUCAGAAAUUAAAGUUUGCCGAAGAAGAAAUUGAAAAGUUAAAAUCGGAUCUUUCUAGACUCGCAAGCGAGGAAAUUGGCGAGAAGAACAAUUUGAUAACCGAGAAUACGGUGGAAGCCAGGUUUAGACAGUACUACAGCAGACUUGAGCUACACAAAGUAGACAAUAUGACCAAGGUGGAGAUGUCCAACUUGAUCAAGAACUUGAUGUUAUCUCUACUCAUCAGUGACUUCUCCAAUUUGGCGGUGAAUGCAAGAAAAUUCGGCCGGUUUCUCAAAUUGGCACUACACUUCUUAGAUAGACUCCAUUCUGUUAUCUACGUGCAGGGAGAUCCCAACAUCAAGCCAUCAUUCUACGUGAAGAACUCGCAAGAUAUCCAGGCCAUGGAAAACCUUGGCCAGUGUCUCCACGGCAUGUUGGAGAACGUCGAGGUGCUUCGCACGACAUCCAACGGAUGGUAA